AAAGUUUAGUUAACAUUCUUGUAAAUGCACUGACUACUUUGUCUCAAGAAGCCUCACAAAAUACCAAAGAGCAUAAAUCACACCAACUUUCUCCUGAAGCAAUAGAAAAAUUGAAAGAUCUACAAUUUUUGCUCUC